UGUCAAAUCGAGCUGGUGACCACAUCGGGCUGUUCUCUGCUGCCUCAUCCCCCCUCUGCUCUUCCUCAGCUCCUCCGGCUCUUCCACACGGUCCAUCGAUAACUCACACAUUUUAAAAAACUGUCCGUAUUUCCUCUGGUGGAUAUUUCGGAGCCUCCCGCGGACAAUGGCUGAUCCUAAAUACGCGAACUUGCCAGGAAUUGCCUUUAACGAACCGGACGUGUACGAGACCGGAGACCUUCCGGAGGAUGACCAGGCCCAGUUCGAGUCGGAGGAGCUCUGCAGUGACAGCGUGGAGAGGAUUGUGGUCAACCCCAACGCAGCCUUUGACAAGUUCAAAGAUAAGCACGUCACCACGAAGGGACUUGAUUUCUCUGACAGAAUCAGUAAAAGCAGAAGAGUGGGCUAUGAAUCAGGAGAAUUUGAAAUUCUUGGAGAGGGCUGUGGAGUGAAAGAGACGCCCCAGCAGAAGUACCAGCGUCUGGUGAAUGAGAUCCAGGAACUCUCUCAGGAGGUGGAUGUCAUCCAGGCUGCCACGAAGGACAGCAGUGCAGAGGAGCGCCUGACCCCGGUGGUGCUGGCCCAGCACGCAGCCCAGCUCAAACAGCAGCUGGUCUCUGCCCAUCUCGACUCACUGCUGGGACCACAGGCACACAUCAACCUGGCUGAUCCAGAUGGAGCACUGGCAAGGCGUCUGCUCACCCAGCUGGAAGUGGCUAAGGGCAGCCGGGGCAGCGCCGCAGGAGACAACAAGCAAACGGCUGCGGCUAAGGGCCCAGAUGGAGUGGUGCUCUACGAGCUGCACAGCCGGCCGGAGCAGGAGAAAUUCAACGAGACUGCAAAGGUAGCGGAACUGGAGAAGCGUCUAGCUGAGCUGGAGAACGCUGUUGGCUCAGGAUCAGACAAGCAGGGACCUCUGAGCGCUGGGGUUCAAGGAGCCAGUUUGAUGGACACCAUAGAACUCCUGCAGGCGAGGGUCAGCGCACUCGACUCCUCUACUCUGGAUCAAGUGGAAGCAAGACUGCAGAGUGUCCUUGGGAAGAUGAAUGAGAUUGCAAAACACAAGGCAGCAAUUGAGGAUGCUGAUACACAAAACAAGGUGUCGCAGCUUUAUGACGUGGUGCAGAAGUGGGAUUCCAUGUCCACUUCUGUACCUCAGGUGGUGCAGAGGCUCGUCGCUGUCAAGGAGUUGCACGAGCAAGCCAUGCAGUUUGGCCAGCUGCUGACCCACCUGGACACCACCCAGCAGAUGAUCAACAACUCUCUGAAGGACAAUAACACUCUGCUAACACAGGUCCAGCAGACAAUGAAGGAAAACCUGGGGGCUAUAGAAGAGAACUUUUCUUCUCUAGAUGAGCGGAUGAAGAAGCUCUCUCAAUAAGCGAUGGCUGAGUUAGGGGCCGGUCCAGGAGAGAGUGUGCAGAACAUGGACAAAUAGGAGCGGGCGGGGGAGCUCCGAGAGGGGACUGGGUUUUUAACUCUGUCCUUCCUGGCCGACCCUCUCUUGAUCUCUACUCAUGCCUCUGCCUUUUUUUCACUAUGUGGAAUGUUAGACCGUCGGCAAAAAGACGGAAUAACCUCAACAAAAAAAAGACCAAAUUUUCUUGUUCACACUCCUUUCCUCUUGCUUCAAAUUCAUAUCAACCGAAAACACUUUUUUCCCUCUUGCCACUGAUUGCAGCCCCUCGCUUAUUGACUUUUAGACUGGGUUGUUUUUAUAAUUAUUAGUGUUAAACGUAAGAGAUUCCUUCAUUCCUUUGGAACGUCACACUAUUAUUAGAUUUGUACUGUAUACUGUGGUCAAAUUAAAUGACUCACGGUAUCGUUGGGUUGAUGGAUGACACACUUAACAUGUUGUCAAUUACGUCAAAUAAAUAAAGCUCUGUUGUCCUAUAGGGUUGUAGCAGGAGCACGUUGGAGCGAGCGUCGGGGCCACGGAAGGAACGCUUGUAAAUAUGCUUGUGUACUU